UUUGUCCCGUUUUUCUGAGUUAAUUUGUAAACGAAUUUUGUUUAAUUAAGUGAUUUUUGGUGUUAAUGUGAUAGUUUUAAUGUUUGUCUUACGUUUAUAUAUGCUGUUUGAUAUUUACUUGAAUACCAAAAACGAAUUUUUGAUAUCUACCGCUGUUAAUAAUAAAAACCUGUGAAAUAAAAUGAGUGCAUUUGAGGUAGUCAUUACUCCACCGCGAUCAAAAUGCAAAAAACGCAUUGAAUCGCGUGAACCUACAGAUGUUGUAAUGGCGCCAUUCUCUGCCAAAUCUACUGUACAAUUCGAAGAUGUGCCGGUGGGGAAGACAGCCCGUCGUUUUUUGCGUAUAGUUAAUCCCUCAGACCAGGAUAUAGAGGUGCGUGUUAUCAAACCAAUUAGACCUGAAUAUAAUAUUUCCAUCAGCUGGACUGAAAUGGUUGUGCCGCGUUCGAAAUCCGCAGAGAUGGAAAUGGUUUGGAACCCGUUAGAGGAAGUAAUCUGUAAAGAAAUAUUACAGCUUUUAGAUAAUAGAAAUUUCCGUAAGGACGUAAUGGUUAUAUUGAAAACCCGCGUCAACAAUCCAGUGAAGAAUGUUCGCAAAUUCCCGACAAUCUCAACAGGUAGCAGUGGUUAUGUGAGAACUCUACGCCUCAAGUCUCCCAAAGGUGCUACAAAGUCACAAAAAUCAAGUUCAAGUCAAACACAAUUGCGCAAAUCAGUUCAAACAACUACUCGAACGGCAAGCAAACCCCCGCCCGCACCGUCCGCGGUACGAAUACGCGCACCACCACCGAGAUCAGUAUGGGCAGAUUCAAAUUGUUAUUUGCGUGAAGAACAGCGGCGAGAGGUGUUGGAUGAAAUUACUAUAAACUUUACUCACACAUCCCCUCUUUCCGAGCGAAAUAUUUACGCGCGCAACAAAUCUGUUAAUGCCACGAUGGCUACAGUUUCGUCUACCAAAUCUCCAGUACUGGUUACGCACAAGGAAAAUGUUAGUCCCAUGACGCCAAAUAAUGUCAUAGAAAUGUUCGAUAACAUUCAGUUCACUCCCAUAAAUAGCAAAGUGGGGCAAAGUGAUGUUGGCGCACAACAUGAUUUGGAUAAUCUGGCUAAUUGGCCUACUCCAGUUGGUGUAGAUACAUUGCAAGUGAAUUUAUCAACAUUACAACCACGGCGAUUGGCAUCAGCUAAUGAGUCGACAGAUAAGACUGAGGAUACGAAUAGCACGCAAAUGUCAGUAGAGUUGCAUAUGUAUCAAAAGACCCCUGGUAGCGCGACUGUUACAAAUAAAACUUUUGAUAUAAACCGUGAAAACAUAAAUAUUGCUACGGACUGCUUGGACGCUUCCCUCAGUUGUAGAUUGACACUUAACAAGACCACUACCAUCUGCACAACACCAAAGUCGCGGCCAUUAGCAAUGAUAGAAGAAGAAGACAUGACCUGUGGCAGUAGAGAAGCUGAAAAGACAUACGUUAAAAAUACAAAAGUAGACGAAGAAAGUCCUGUGAAGGCAGAUUUGUUACGCGAUAUAAAAUUGGUUGGCACACCGCUGCGGAAGUACUCUGAAUCAAUGAAGAACCUUUCUUUGCACUCACCAAACAAACGUUACUCGGCUAGCCAGGGUUCCAUGCCGAAUCUUAACGAAAUGGAAAGUAUUCGAUCCAUCGAACAGAAUCGAUACUUUUUCGGUAACCCUGUGCAAUCACGAGAUGGUUUAAGGAUGUCCAUUAUUCAAGAGCAAAGCACCGGUACUAGCACACAACUACAGUUAAAUAAAGAUAACAUCUCUUCUAACGAUUCUGAAAUUAUUGACUUAGGCGGUAUCUCUCAAGUUGAUUUUGCUUUCAAUCAAAGUGAAAUUUUAGCACAAUCGAGUCGUUUCAAUUUGAAUGAAACUGGUUUAAAAUCACGUCGCAGCAGUCCAGUUGCUGUAUCUGGAAAAUGGCGAGAUUUAAAAGGUGUAUCACCAAAAUCAUCGAGAUUAAAGCUCUCUGAAUGCUCGCCCUCGAAAUCAAACAGUCACAAGCGGAAUUCGCAGGAUUUAUCAUUCUCUGAUGCUCCCAGCAGUGAGUCUAUAGCGACUACUUCCAGUGAAAAAUCUACAGCUAAGAGCUCUGCUUCAUCAGCCCCGAGUUCAAAAUCUUAUUUCAGCAAAAACAAUAAUCUGAUUCUGGUUUCGCCACCGAAGCGUCAACGAGUCGAUAAUGAUUUUACUUUCGAACGUCCAUCAGUGAGUAGCUCGUUACGUUCCAAAAAUUGGACGCGUACUCAGGUUAAGAAAGUACGUCUUGUCAAUCCCGUCUCGCCACACAAAAUGGCAUCACCAUUAUCACGCCAAACUGAGAAACUAUAUGAUCCUGAUAUGUAUCUGCAAUUCUGCAUUAACCCCGAUCCCUUUGCAGCUAGCACUACUUGUGAUCCCUUCCUUGCUUCCACUAUGUAUUUAGAUGAAACGGCUGUGCAGAAGCAUCAACAGGAAUUUAAAAAGUGGCUAAAUGCGCUGGUUACAAUACCAGCUGACAUGGAUGGUGGCAGUGAUACUAAAAUCGAUGUUGGAAAACUAUUUAACGAGGUACGUCACAAAGAUUUAACAUUGGCCCCAACUAAAGAGGAACAGUCGAUGGACUAUCUGGUGCAGCAUCGGCUCGAGGUUGUUAGACGGGCUGCUGUGUAUUUGUAUUUAAGCGCUGAAGUGCGCGAACCAUGUUCGAAAGUAGCAGUUUAUGUAAAUAAGAAUGCAAUACGUAUACGCAAUGAUAGGAAUUUGCAUUUGGAUGUGGUGAUGCAGCGCUACAUACUGGAACUCUUGCUUUACUUCAAUCCUAUGUGGUUACGCAUAGGUUUAGAGGUGGUGUAUGGUGAAAAAAUACCUUUGCGUUCCAAUACCGACAUUAUCGGACUCAGCACCUUUAUAUUAAAUCGUCUUUUCCGCGACAAACUUUUGGAAGAGAAAUACUCACGCGCCUAUUCAUUAUCGGAUGAAUACGCUGAGUAUAUUAAAAAGUAUACACUAACUAAGAUGCUUUGUUUAUUGUUAUUUCUGGAUAAAGCCAAACAGAAACGUAUUAUCAAAUAUAAUCCAUGUCUUUUUGUGAAAAAAUCGCCACAUAAGGAAACUAAAGAAAUACUACUUAAAUUCUCAUCUGAGCUACUUGCAAAUAUGGGCGAUAUCACACGAGAUUUGAAACGACUCGGCUAUGUGCUAGAGCAUAAACAGUGCUUCCUAGACGAAUUCAAUUAUGCAUUCCAAAACCUCGCCGUAGAUCUGCGAGAUGGUAUUCGGUUGACGCGCGUGAUGGAGAUUAUAUUGCUGCGCGAAGAUCUCAGCAAGCAAUUGCGUGUGCCAGCCAUAUCACGUCUGCAACGUAUUUACAACGUGAACUUGGGCUUGAAGGCGCUUAGAGAAGCUGAGUUUGAAUUGCACGGUGGCAUUACUGCAGCAGAUGUUGUCGAUGGGCAUCGCGAGAAGACGCUUUCAUUGCUGUGGCAGAUAAUUUAUAAAUUCCGCUCACCAAAAUUCCAUGCAGCAGCUCGCGUGCUCCAAAAGUGGUGGCGGAGCAAAUGGCUAAGUGUGUGGGUAAAGCGACGCAUCCGCGACAAAGAAGAGCGCCGUCGACAGAGCGCUGCAACCACCAUACAAGCACACUAUCAUGGUUAUAUAGAGCGCCGCUGGGUGAAAUUGUAUCGCCAAGAGCGCACUGAAGCAGCUAUGGUAUUACAGAAGCACAUCAGACGUUACCUAGCGCAAAAACAAUAUAAUAUUUCAAUAGCAGCGGUGUGUAAAAUUCAGCGUUGGUACCGUGCUUGUACGCUCGGUGUUAGCUAUCGGCGGCACUUUGUAGUUCUACGCAGUUGCACCACAUUCAUUCAGCGCUGCUAUCGUCGUCGCUUGCUGUCAAAAAAGUUGCUUCUUGUCGCUGAGGAAUACCGCAGAUACUGGGAAGAAAAGCGCUUCGAAGCGGCUACUCGUAUACAAAAGUACUGGCGUACCCACUGCGUUACGAAACAGGAACGAGCAACGUUCCUGAUAUUGAAAAAGAAUGCAAUAGCGUUGCAACAGAGGUGGCGAGCAAAAUACGCCAUGCGACAACAACGUAACACUUUUUUGCGUCUGCGUGCGGCAGUUAUUUCUAUGCAGCAACGUUUUCGUGCAAAGUGUUGUAUGGUGCGUCAGCGCUCUGAGUACCUUCAUUUACGCGCUUGCAUUAUAAAGCUGCAAGUACGUUGGCGCUCCAUUCUACAAAUGCGCGCAGUACAAAAAGAAUAUAGAAAAAAACGGGAGGCAAUCAUUCGAAUACAGCGUCGCUUCCGUGCCUUAUUAGCAAUGCGUCGAGACCGCGCCGCUUACCAACAGCUUCGUAAAGCCGUAUGUAAGAUUCAGGAAAAAUAUCGGGCAACUCGCAUUAUGCAAAUGCAUAAAGCUCAGUAUGUACGCUUACGCAACAGCUGCUUGAUCAUACAGCGCAAAUGGCGCGCUACUAGCCUAGCGCGUUGCAUACGCGUUGAGUUCAUUACAAUUCAAUAUAUGGCGACCGUUGUGCAACAACAUUUUCGUGCUACGCGACUGAUGCGGCAACAACGCGCGGACUAUGAGCGGCUGAGGGCUGCCGCAAUUAUAGUUCAACGCAGAUAUCGCGGCCUGCAGAACAUGCACCGGAUGCGUUCGCAUUACCAAAAUGUACGUACUAAAAUUAUACAAAUUCAACGGCGCUUCCGUGCAACUAGAAAAAUGCAACUGGUACGUAAGGCUUACCAGCAAAAACGGGAUGCUGCUAUAAACAUUCAACGCUGGUACCGCUCCAUUCGGCUUACUCGCCAGCAACGAUUGUCGUAUACAGUCUUGCGCAAUAGCUGCAUUUAUAUUCAGCGUAAAUGGAAGGCAACGCUGCAAGCGCGCUUUAUUAGGCAAGAAUACCAAAAGAAACUUCAACAUAUUGUUUUCGUGCAACGCCGUUGGCGGGCUACUUUGGUAAUGCGCCAGGAACGAGUAGCUUAUCAACGUAAGCGCAGCGCGGCGUGCAGCAUACAACGAUUCUUCCGCUCAUAUCGCAAAACCUUGGCAGUACGUGAACAGUUUCUACUCGUACGUAAGCUAGUAAUUUGCGUACAACGCAAAUACCGCGCACAACUUAAAAUGCGAACUGCGCGACACGAUUUCGUUCUGUUGCGACAUAUAACGGUUCAUUUGCAGCAGAAGUAUCGCGGUCGACGUGUGAUGCGCAUGCAACGUGCCGAAUUUAUUUUUCUCCGUCGAACCGUUAUCCAUUUGCAGCAGAAAUUCCGUGGUAAACGUGAAAUGCAACAGCAACGCUCUGAAUAUUUGCAAUUGCGAAGCACCGUCAUUGGGCUGCAAUGCCAGGCGCGAGGACUAUUGGCACGUCGGCGUCUACUGAAUAUGAUGACACCCGAAAUGGUGGAGGAGCGUCGUCGCAGGAAAGCGGCUAGUGUCAUCCAGCGUUUCUGGCGUGGUUAUCGUGUGCGUAAAUGCUUCCAGAGCAUGAAGAUGCGGCUGCUACGGCGAAAUAUGCUACUUUGGCGCAAGACUACACAAGCAACCAACACCAUAAGCAGUAAGAUUGCACACGCGGUGAGUGUACUGCGCGACCAUUCGAGCGCAUCGGAAAUACUGCACGUUCUUAUAUGCCUCGACCGCAUUUCCCGCACUAUACCCCACUUUCUAAUGAAUCAUACGGACUUUGUGUCGACAUUUUGCUAUGGCGUCAUGGCACAAACAAUACGCAGUGAGGUCGACAAGCAGUUAAUUCGCUACUGCAGCCGCAUCAUUUUGAACUUGGCGCGUUACAAUAGUACAACCGCGAAUACAUUCCAAGAGAGCGGUCUUGUGACCAUAGCUCAGAUGCUAUUGCGCUGGUGCGACAAGGAUAGUGAAAUAUUUAACACGUUAUGCACUCUUAUUUGGCUAUUUGCACAUUGCCCCUAUAAACGCCACAUCAUUCGCGAGUAUAUGACGACUCCUGAAGCAGUUUAUGUGGUGCGUGAGACUAAAAAACUUGUGGCGCGUAAAGAGCGUAUGAAUCAGAAUGUACGCAAACCUCUUGUACCGACGCGUGCCUCCAAGCGGCAACAAUUUCCCAGUCGUGCGCUGCCUGGUCUCGAGCCCGACUACGGCGUCAUACAUAAUAAACCGUAUACGUUUGUAUCGUCAGUAUUUGCAUUCGAUAUGCUGCUAGCCGAACUGGAAAUUGAAGUCACUUAAAUGUUAUGUGCUUUUUUGUAGUAUAUUUUAGUCUAAGUAUUUCUAUGUGACAUAAAACUUCGUUUGUUAAACAACAUUAAGAUGCAUACCACCUCUAUAUGGUUUGUACCCUAUUUGUGUAUAUUUAUAUGUAACGAUUGUCCGUGUUUUUUUUUCUACUUAAUCACUGUGCUAGGCGAUGUGGCUUUUGAUUACAAGCUUUUUUGAUACUUUUACAGACUACGACUCUAAAUACUUUAUAACUAAUUGUCGUGAAUGUUAAUUUUACGUUAUGUAAUUAAAUGCACAGAAUUAUUUUAUCUCGUAA